AUGGCUGGCUCUUCGCUGAGAAGUUUCAUUAAGGAUGUCCGUGGGGCCAAGACUGUGGCCGAAGAAAGAGCGAUUGUGACCAAGGCAUCAGCUAAGAUAAGAACUAAAUUGCGAGAUGAUCAUUUACCGUUGGAGAAAAGGCGAAAUAAUAUACAAAAAUUGCUUUAUCUUUAUAUACUGGGCGAGAAGACCCAUUUUGGGCAAGUGGAGUGUAUCAAUUUGAUCGCUUCGGAUGAUUUCGCAGACAAAAGGCUGGGCUAUUUAGCAGCGAUGCUGCUGCUUGAUGAGUCGCAGGAUCUAUUGACGCUGUUGACUAAUCUGUUGAAUAACGAUCUGAAUCAUCCCAACCGGUUUGUGGUUUCAUUGGCUUUGACGACUCUCGGGUUUCUAAGUUCUUCAGAGCUAGCGCGGGACCUGUAUCCCGACGUGGAGAGUAUAUUGAAUACGUCUAAGGAUCCCUUCCUGGUUAAAAAGGCUUUGCAGUGUGUGGCCAAGCUUGUGAUGACGGAUUCUUCACUGUUGGAGAUCUUCCAGCCGCAGCUGCUGCUCUCUCUGCUGAACAAUCAGUCGAUCUGCACGCACGGCGUCCUAUUGAGCAUUGCAAAAGUUCUGCAGGCUGCGCUUUCAGGCUUCUCUAUGCACCACAAAAGGGUUAAAGAAAAUGAGCCUACAGCGGAUACUACUGGCAUUUUGAGGCAGUUGUUAGGCGCAGUACCAGAACUACUUGAUUUGCUGCAGAACUUGAACGUUAAGAACUUUGAGCCGGAGUACGACAUACAAGGCACAUGUGAUCCAUUUUUGCAAUGCGAAUUAUUGUACACAUUGAGACUUUUCUUUCAAGUGUGCUUCGAGUUCAAGAUAACAGAGAUUGACCAGUAUUCGAACAAAUUUAAUGACUUAUUGACACAGAUCGCCACCAACACGGAUAGCGGCAAGAACUGUGGACAGGCUAUCCUUUACGAAGCUACAAGAACUAUUUUCUCAUUGAAUUUGAACCAGCCGUCGCGCGUCUUGGGUAUCAAUAUUUUGGCUCAGUUUCUGUCUGGAAAAGAUAACAAUACAAAAUACGUGGCAUUGAGUACUUUAUUGAAAGUUGUCCCUCAAGAGCCUGUGGCAGUUCAAAGACAUAGGAAGUUCAUCUCUCGCUGUCUGCGUGACCCAGAUGUCUCGAUAAGAAGUCGAGCGUUGGAGUUGGCGUUUGCUAUUUUGAAUGACGUUACCAUGGUUGAACUCACCGAACAGCUGGUAGAAUUCUUGAAGAAUGCCUCUGACGAUGACAAAAAUCUAAUUGUAUACACUGUCGAAUAUCUUGUCAGGGCGUUUGAGAUACACACAUCAGUCGAUGAAAAAUGGAAGUUAGAGACUCUCAUCACGGUACUUAAAUUAGUGGGUAACGUCAUAAGUGCUGAGACGGUAAGCAAUUUACUUGUCUUCAUCAACAACGCCAGCUGCCCGCAGGAGAGAUGCGAACUCGUCGCUGAAAUGUUAAAACUAACAUUGGAUGAUUCGAAAAGAUCUGAAAUAUCCGAACACAAUGUUGGCUGGAAUCUGGUAACCAUUUGGUGUGUCGGCGAGUAUGGUGGCGAGAUAUUGGGGAACAAGGCGGAUGCAAAAAUUUCUGAACGUUCGCUUACGAAAUAUCUGGUUGAUCAACAUGCAGCUAGCGACAGAAAUGACAAUAAGAUCGUCCAUUAUCUCUUGACUGCUGCCCUAAAGUUGUCGGCACACGUAAAUGAUCCAGGCUGUAACGAAUCCUUGAGACAAAUAUUAGUCUCGCGUUCGAGGGACGCCGAUCUGAUGCUUCAGUCAAAGAGCGUUCAAUAUGAAAUUAUUUUUAGGCAACCGUUGAAGGUUAAAAAACCCAUUCUUGACUCGAUGCCUAAGUUCGAGAAAAAGAUAGAUGCUGCAACGCAGAAGCCCUCUAAGAUUGCCAGUCAGUCGAGUGCUUCGCAGCCGGAGUCGUCUGACUUGCUAGAUCUGCUGGGCGAAAAGCAGCCAUCCCAUUCGCCGCAGCCACAACCCUCGGUGGCUCAGUCUUCAACUUCUGUUUUGUCCCCGACGGACUUGCUUGCCGACAUAUUCGGUAGCAACGGCACCAACGGUAAACCAAGUAGCGACAAGGACUUGUCAGAACGCAACAGUUCCACAUUAGAAGUGCCCGCGGGAAGUACAAAGAUACAUGAAAGCGCGGCUGCCGAAUGCUACAUAACUCUAAAGUCAUGCGGCGAUGGCGCAGCCCAAAUGGAGCUCUAUUUGAAAGCCAAGACAAACCUGCAAAAUGUGCAAACCUUUUGUGCCGUUCCCAAGACUCAAAAAUUAACAUUGGGUCAAAUUCAACCCGGCAACACCCUGGUUUCGCACCAAGUAGCAAGGCAAAAUUUGAAGGUUGUCGGCUCAGGUAGGUUAAAACUGAGAGUCAAGCUGAAUUUCGCGGCAGACGGAAACGACAGCAGUGAGCAAUUUGACCACAAGUUUGAUCAAGCUCUGUGA